AUGGCUGUUGAUGUCGAGGUAGCGAAUGAAUCGUCUCAACCAACACCUGGCAAUGGUAAUUUUAUCAAAUCGCUGAUUAUUGGUGUUGUUGUUGUAGUGCUAGGAUUGACAACAGUUCUAGUUGGUUUACGUUUUUCUAAAAGAAGUUUACCAGUAGAGACAGUUGAAGUUAUGCCACCUAAUGGUCAAUUGAAUUCGGCACUGAAGGAUGGUCUGCCCGUUGUCAACGAGACCGGUGUUCCAGAUAAGGGUGACAAUAUUGUUGAAAAAGUUCAAGAAAAAGUCGGAGAUCUUGUCGAACCACUUACAGAAGCAGAGGAAUCAGAGGCGUCUAUUGAGAUCUUAAAGGAAGUGUUAGGGAAUAUGAAAGAAUAUAUCAGUAACGACGAAGACGAAAAGAUGAAACCAUACUUUGAAAUUGAGGCUUCUGAAAAUGAAAUGCCUACACCCAGAAUGAUUGAUUUAAGUGAAUCUGAAAGUGGACUGAGCACCGAAACCGAAGAAGAUUUUGAUGAUGAUAAUGUUCUGAAUGUACCUAAAGCGUUUGGGGGUGAAGAUUCUGAGGAAAUGAGUGAAAAUCCCACAUUAGAAGAAAUAUCAACAAUAGUGAAGAAAAUUAUUGAGAGCUACAGGGAACAGGAUGAUUUAAAAGGUUUUUUCGAUAGUGAAGAGAUGCCAUAUGAUUCUGAGUUGGACAAUAAUGAUGUUGUGAUUCGUGGAACACCAUUGUUUCCGGAAGAAGCUGAUGCUGCUGAGCAUUUAGAUGAACAUAUUAAGGAAGUACAGAAUAACUUUGGAGAACCAAUAAUUAAUCAAGUUUUUACAAGACCGUCGCAUGAUCAAGAACAUCUGGUUAAUGUUCAGGCUUCGCACAAUAAUCAUGACUAUCUUUCGGCAAUUGGACUCCGAACUAUAACAUCUGAUCAAACAAAUUCAAAUCAUGAUAAUGCUGGCGUACCUUUUGUAUUCCGCGGACAUAGGACGCAUGGAUUGAACUUAAAAGAUAAUAUUGGUGAUCACGUUUUCCCCAUUCGUUCAGAAGAUAUACAUGACGAUUUUGCUCAACUAAGAGGAAUGAGUCAAGAUGAAUCCAACCGACAUCUAAAUUCUAGAUUUCCAAACUUAGUUACUCCUUCGAAUAACCCAACCGUACCUCGACAUAAUGGACAUUUCUUGGUGGGAAAACUUGACGAAGUAGGCCUAGUGGAGGGCCCACAUGGCUUUAUUAAGGAUGUUGCAGAAGAUGUAAACGGGGACGUUAUUGAUAUUCCCCUUGAUGGUAUCGUCAACGGUUUCACAACUGAAGCGUAUCCUUUAAGUGGACUUUUGAACACACCCCCUGCAAUUGAGUUCCCAAGUGAAACGGUAAACAAUGGCAUUGCAAUAGAAUCUCCACCUACCGAAACGACAAGCAAGGCCGUCACGAUAGAACCUAUCUUGACUGAAACUGUAGCUACAAUCGAAUCUCCUCUUUUAGGAACUUUCAGCAUAGCCGCAACGCCAAGUGAUGUCACGAUGGUAUCACCUCGAAGUGACACUAACAAAGCCACAGAGGUAGAAUUCCCUCUAAGUGAAACAAUAAGCAAGGCCGCCACGAUAGAACCCCUCUUUAGUGAAACUGUCGACAAAGUAGCUGCAAUUGAAUCUCCUAUUUUAGGAACUUUCAGCACAGACGCGAUGCCACGUGAUACCGAGAUGGUAUCCCCUCGAAGUGACACUAAUAAAGCCAUAGAGAAAGAGUCUCCUCUAACUGAAACCAUCAACAAAGCCGCCACGAUAGAACCCCUCUUUAGUGAGACUGGCGACAAAGUCGCUGCAAUCGAAUCUCCUAUUUUAGGAACUUUCAGCACAGACGCGAUGCCACGUGAUACCGAGAUGGUAUCCCCUCGAAGUGACACUAACAAAGCCACAGAGAUAGAAUCCCCUUCAAGUGAAACAACCAACAAAGCCGCCGCGAUGGAACCUCCUCCUGUCAUACCACUAAAUAAGGCGUCUCCGGGGAACCCCUGA